UCUUAGCCACAGUGCGGCAGGAGAAUCACAACAAGCGAGGAAAAGCAGAGGGGAACCAACUUGUGUUUGAAAACAAAGACUUGAAUGGGAAUCGGAAUGUUUUGUCUCUCUAUCUGAAGGAAAUAUGCGCCUUCUUCAGUGAGAUUCUUCUGAAAUAGGUUGGCAGCUAUUAGGCGAACCCCAUUUAAACUGGGGCGUAUUCAUUACGCCGAUUCUGUUGCAAAACUUUUCUUAAAAGUAAGCAAACGGAACGAAACGGGGAGGGACCUACCUGAAUUUCUCCAAUAGAAACUCUGUUUGGACUAAUGAUUACAACCCAGGUAGCAGCAGAAUGGCUGAAAAAUACAGGCAGAGUCGCUAAUUGCACUAUUCAUUUUGACUCAAAGGAGUUAGACAAUACCAUACCGAUGGUUUGCAGUCAACCCUCCAUGUCUGCUCCAACGAUUUGUACAAUUACAUUGACGGCUGGCAAAUCAAGUAACGUGUGGUGCAUUUAACUCCUUUAUGGUGGGAUGUCAUCGACUUCUAUUGCGACAUAGUUAGUAAUCAUUGUGUUUGCCGAAGGCUGUUGACACUUCAGGGUGUUAUGAUGGGUGAUGUGACGGACGCCAGGGAAAUUAAAAACACCUUUAUUGUUCCCGCAAUAAAGUCUUCCGGUCACUAUGAUUGUUCUCGAGCAAAAAUCUACUGUAGCCUCACGUGGCUGGUGGCCAAAGCAUUUGGGACAGACAGUGUCCCGGCCGACCUGAAGGAGCCCUUCUACACAGACCAGUAUGAACAGGAGCAUCUGAAGCCUGCCGUAGUCAGCCUACUGCUGUCUGCUGAGCUCUACUGCAGAGCCGGGAGCCUCAUCCUGACAAGUGGAGGUCACGAUGCUGUCACCCAGCCCCUGGUUGGUCACGAUGCUGUCACCCAGCCCCUGGUUGGUCACGAUGCUGUCACCCAGCCCCUGGUUGGUCACGAUGCUGUCACCCAGGCCCUGGUUGGUCACGAUGCUGUCACCCAGCCCCUGGUUGGUCACGAUGCUGUCAUCCAGGCCCUGGCCCAGAAGGGACUCCACGUCACAGACCAGACAAGGCUGGUUACUGAGAGAGACCUCCGCAAGAGGCCCCUACAGAUGAGUGCCCACCUGGCGAUGAUGGACACGCUGAUGAUGGCGUACACGGUGGAGACGGUGAGCGCGGAGAAGGUGGUGGCGUGCAUCCUUCGGUACUCCUCCCACCACGAUGAAGAUGCAGACACACCGUACGACACCGAGGACGCCAUGACCAGCUGGAUCAACAAGGUAAAUGAGUAUUUGAAGGAUAUCAUUGGUCAGGAGCGGAGGAGAGAAAGGAAGAGAGCUGAGCUUGUUGGCAGGCCAGGGACUCGCUCCAGGAAGGAGCAGCAGACUGUUGCCCAGCAGGGGCCCUGGAUCCCCCCUGUCGAUAACCUGCUGAAGGACACCGUAGACGGCUGCGCCCUGGCCGCUCUGCUGCACUUCUACUGCCCACAGCUAGUCAGACUGGAAGAUAUCUGUCUGAAGGAGUGUAUGUCGCUGGCGGACAGCCUGUACAACCUACAGCUGGUGCAGGACUUCUGUCAGGAGCAUCUGAACCGUUGCUGCCACUUCAGCCUGGAGGACAUGGUGUACGUCUCCUCGUCCCUCAAAAAUAACUACCUUGUGUUCCUGGCCGAGCUGUUCUGUUGGUUUGAAGAGGUGAAACCCUCCUUUGUACAACCAAGAGUUCUGGAUACUGAAGAGCCAGCCCUCACAUCGUUGCGGAACAUUCCCUCCGUUCCCAUCUCCAAUGUCACCAAGAAGAGCUUCAUGGAGAGACCGCCCAGCCCAGAACCACCCAGUCUGCCUCUCCGGCCUCAACCUAGGAACUCGGGUGAAAUGAAGAGAUCGACCUCGAUGUCCUUUGUGGACGUAGGAACCAAGGAGAAAAGGUCUGGGCCUUACGGGGUAUCCUUCGACAUUCCUUUCGACAAAGAGGACACUCAGACGUCUACUCCCCCUGGCCAUGCCAUGACUCGCUCUACCAGCACAGAGGGCUUCAAGAUCCACCAAAUGCCCCGGGGCAUGAAGAGGAUCCUGUCCUUCCAGCCCAUCAAUGGGCAGGGCGUGGGCAUUGAGGAGGAGGGCUGCCCGGACAGCCUAGCAGGCCCCGAUCUGCCAAGACAGCCUGGCAGACCUCAACCCAAUGGCUCCUCAGCCCUGGAUGGGCAUGGAAAAGGAGCAGCCAUACCCAGCAUGGAGGAGGCCCUGCAGAUCAUCCACAACAUCGGGAGGAAGCCCCCACAAUGCUCCCUGACAGAGGGUAUCAACCAUGGCUUCUUCCUGCACAGUCAAAACCGAGGAAGAGGUGUAGUCGGCCUGCACCCCAAGGCCCAACAGGAGAACAUGGACAUGGACUCACUGGACACCACUAAAACCACAGAGGUGGACACAGACAUCCACUUGAGGACGGAGGACAUCGCUGAGAUGCUGGACGAGGACUCUUCGCUGGGGGAAGCUACGAACAUAGAGCUGGACAUGGACACACUCAGCCCCUGCCUCAGCAGCUCAAGCUACGGCAAAUCUCCCUCCACUAGCUCCGGCAUCAAGAUGACCAGCUUCGCAGAGCAGAAGUUCCGGAAGCUCAGCAAACCCGAAUCAGGGAGAAGAACGAGCAGCAGCAGCAGCGGGGGGGGCAGCUCCCUCAAGACCACCCCCGAGGGCUCAGAACUGGGCCUCGCCCUGUCCGUCUCCUGGGCACCCACCCCAGAGCACAGCCCCAUUCAUCAACAGAGCAUGCCCCUUACCCAAGCCCCUCCCACUGGGCCAGCCCUGGCCCCUCCACCUAGUGACCCGGCUCAGGCCAUGGCAACGGAGAUGGUUCAGCUGCACAUGUGCCUGGAGGAGAAGCGAAAAGCCAUUGAGACGCAGAAGAAGAAGGUGGAGGCAGCGUUUACGCUUCACCGCCAGAGGAUGGACCACUCCACUUUCCUGGACGUGGUCAAGAGGAAGGCCGACUGUGCCUCAGUAGGAGGAGGAGAGGAGGAAAUGGGGAAGAUGACUGCAGAGAAGGCCGAGCAGGGGCAGGCGCCCUUCGGGGUCUGCUGGCUGAAAUCCCCAGGAAGAAGCACGGGAGAAGAGGGAGGUCAAGGUCCCAGCGAGGUGGAUCUAGCGAACUACACACGCUCCAUGGAGAAGCUCAACCACUCACUGGGCUUCCUGCAGAUGGAGAUGCAGCGCCUGGCCCAGCAGCAAGAGGUCAUCAUGGCCAUGAGGGAACAACGGCAAAAACAGGCCUGGGUCAUUCCCCCUCCCGAGACCCAGCCCUCACCCCAGAAAUAUGCUCGCGCCUCUGUCCGCUCCUCCGACUCGCCCUCCCCGACAGACUCACCUCGCUCCGCCCACCGCUCGCCCACCAGCAUCAAGAGGAAGUCGGCCUCCGUCCACUCACGGAACCCCCGCACGCCUCGCCCCAGUGAGCUUAAGCUGGCCCCCUAUAACCGCUGCCUGACGGCGCCCCAGUCCGUGGACAGCCUCCCCCGCCUGCGCCGUUUCUCCCCAUGGCAGGCCAUGGCCUUCACCUACCUGGGGGACAAACCCACCGGUGAAACCCCUGAGAUCGGUGACGGGGACACUGAGCAUGUGCUGUCCCCAGAGAGAGAGGCUGUUAGUGCAUCGUCACCCUCCUCCCCAUCCAAAAACAACCAGAGAACACAACAAGGGACACUAGAGAUUUCCAAGAAGGAUGAUGCGGAGGAGAAGGAAAUGGAGGAGGAGAAGCACAAGUACAAAAUGGAGGAGAUUAAACCCAUAAUAAUGUCGACCGUAUCUGAAGUGCUGGCCCAGCCAGUGAAAGAGUCCUUUACGGUCACCCCCACAGAGACCCCCCUUAUCUCGGACAUGUUUGGCCAGGCCAGAAGCAACCUGAUUGAGGUGCCUCUGUACGUGCUCAAGCCCCUGGAGGGAGAGGGGAUGGAGGAGAGUGAAGGCAUGCAGGGGACCUAUGGCAAUAACGAGAAAAUGUCCUGUGGCUUUUUCUUUAAGGGUGAUGGGAACAGGGAAGACAACAUGGCUCAGAAGAGAGCUGCUCUCCUGGAGAAGAGGCUGAAGAGGGACAAGGAAACGCAGCAGAAGAGGCUGCAGCAGGAGGCGGAGCUAGAGCGGAAGAAGGAGGAGUCACGAGUGAAAGCGGAGGAAGAGCACGCGAGGAAGGAAGAUGAGAAAACUCGCCGGGAGUUAAUCAAGCAGGAGUACCUGAGGAGGAAGCAGCUCAAGCUCAUGGAGGACAUGGACACGGUGAAGAAGCCGCAGCGGCCGCCCGGCGCCAAGCAUAGGAGAGCCCGGCCCAGGUCCAUCCACCGGGACAGCAUGGACUCCUCCAGGUCCCCGGCCAGGGCAGCAGUGCCCAGCUUGUCUCUGGCCUCUCUCAACCUGGGGGACAACUUGUCUCUACCCUCUCUCAACCUGGGGGACAGCGACACUGUGCAAUCUGAGAAGAGAACCCCAAGGCCUGACUCUGCAGAUGGUUUUCUGUCCCCUUGUCGAUCUGGGAGCCGGACUGGGGAGGACGAUUGGGAGAAUGGCUCCACUGCCUCAUCUGUGAAGUCAAACGCCGAGUACACGGGGCCCAAACUGUACAAGGAGCCGAGUGCCAAAUCGAACAAGCAUAUAAUCCAGAACGCGCUAGCCCACUGCUGCCUGGCGGGCAAGGUCAACGAAGGUCAGAAGAACAAGAUUGUGGAGGAAAUGGAGAAAUCAGAAGCCAACAACUUCCUGGUGUUGUUCAGGGACGGGGGUUGCCAGUUCCGCUCCCUGUACGUAUACAGCCCCGACACGGACGAGGCCACCAAGUUGACGGGCAUCGGGCCCAAGAGUAUUAUGAGCAAGAUGAUCGAGGGUCUCUACAAGUACAAUUCGGACAGGAAGCAGUUCAGCCAGAUUCCCGCCAAGACCAUGUCGGCGAGUGUGGAUGCCAUCACGAUCCACGGCCACCUAUGGCAAACCAGGAAACCAGCCACCCCCAAGAAAGUGUUACCAGCCAAGUCCUAAUGGAACUUACCGUAUACUCCCAGCCACCCCCGUCAUUUCCCUUCAAAUUGAACGGUCCACAUUCAAUUUGCACUUCACUGUACAUUUCCAUGAGGAUUCAGCACCUGCAAUGCAUACUUCUUGUACUUUAUUAUCUCUCUCUUUCUCUCUCUCUUUCUCUCUCUCUUUCUCUCUUUCUCUCUUUCUCUCUCUCUCUCUCUUUCUCUCUCUCUCUCUCUCUCUCUCUCUCUCUCUCUCUCUCUCUCUCUCUCUCUCUCUCUCUUUCUCUCUCUCUUCAUUCCUGUCCAUUUUCCUUUUGAAAUUCCAAACUGGACACGGGGACUCGACUCAGUUAAAGAAAUGCACAACUGGAAUGUGAAAACACUAUUUAAUAUGUGUAAAUGAAUGUCACUGAUCUGUUUAGUGUAAGAGAUUUGUCUGAUUUCGAGUAAUUUUAUUACAGCACGCGUGUUUUUUUUUUUUUUUUUUUUGCGCCCAAGUAGAGACAAAAAGGAGACGACGGGUACCUACGAUGUUUUAUCUGGGACACUGAAGCACUGAAUGUUACUCAUCUGUUCAAAUGGUGUGGCCUUACGGUUGUUUUCUUUCUUUCUCUUAUGUCAGUGCAAUAAGCUGAUGGAAAAAAUCCUCUAAGGUAUAGUUUUACUGUUUUCAGGUUCAAAUGCAACAUACGUCUGCAUAAAGCUAAACACAAGAUUGAGGGCAAAAAAAGUAAAAUACCUUGCAGCAAGCAUACAGCUAGCGUUAUCCUCACAAAUCAUCUAUAAGUCCCAUAUAGUAUUCCACAACUACGCCAAGUCUAUUUAUAUCUAUGUUUUUUUAGCUUAUUCCUCUUAUAGUGUUAAACCAGACUGAACUUCCUUGAUGCUUGUGGGUUCAGAGCAGGUUUGUGAACCAAAAAUAAACUCAAAUCUAUGUUAUCUCCUUUCAAUUGUCACAAAAAUGGACCCAGAUUUGGUGAAAUAUCAGAUAGGUCUGUCCGUAAUGAUUUAGACCAUCUGAAAAUGCGUUUAGAUUUAGUAUUACAAAUUAUGGCCAUAAAUCCAUUAUAUAGAACAUUGUUUUAAAGGAUUGCGAUUUAGAUUGUGUACUUUGAAAAUGGAAUGGCUGAUAAACAGUAGUUAUUGUUAAUUCUGUUUCAGUUGAUUAGUCGACCUCAAACAUUUUCAGAAUCCUCUCCUUUUAAAAUUCUCAAUGUCAAAUGACUUAUCACACCAGGCUACGGUGACAUUAGGAUACUGCUUGACACCAGGCUACGGUGACAUUAGGAUACUGCUUGACACCAGGCUACGGUGACAUUAGGAUACUGCUUGACACCAGGCUACAGUGACAUUAGGAUAUGGCUUGACACCAGGCUACGGUGACAUUAGGAUACUGCUUGACACCAGGCUACGGUGACAUUAGGAUACUGCUUGACACCAGGCUACAGUGACAUUAGGAUACUGCUUGACACCAGGCUACAGUGACAUUAGGAUACUGCUUGACACCAGGCUACAGUGACAUUAGGAUAUGGCUUGACACCAGGCUACAGUGACAUUAGGAUAUGGCUUGACACCAGGCUACGGUGACAUUAGGAUACUGCUUGACACCAGGCUACAGUGACAUUAGGAUACUGCUUGACACCAGGCUACAGUGACAUUAGGAUACUGCUUGACACCAGGCUACAGUGACAUUAGGAUACUGCUUGACACCAGGCUACGGUGACAUUAGGAUACUGCUUGACACCAGGCUACAGUGACAUUAGGAUAUGGCUUGACACCAGGCUACAGUGACAUUAGGAUACGGCUUGACACCAGGCUACAGUGACAUUAGGAUACUGCUUGACACCAGGCUACGGUGACAUUAGGAUAUGGCUUGACACCAGGCUACAGUGACAUUAGGAUAUGGCUUGACACCAGGCUACAGUGACAUUAGGAUACUGCUUGACACCAGGCUACGGUGACAUUAGGAUAUGGCUUGACACCAGGCUACAGUGACAUUAGGAUACUGCUUGACACCAGGCUACGGUGACAUUGGGAUAUGGCUUGACACCAGGCUACAGUGACAUUAGGAUACUGCUUAUUUAUUAUUUUGCACAUUCAUCAUGAAUAGAAAAAUCCAAAUAUGUCAUUUUUCAUUUUAAGUCAAUUAAAGUGCGUGGUAGAUGCCACACUUCUGCUCUUCGAUAAACAUACUCUGGUAAGAUAAAGUACUUUUUUAGAGACCCGUGAAGGCAGAAUGUGACAGACUUUGUUUAGUACCUACGGGUAGAGUCUUCAACACUUUCCCCUUCGUCUUUAAAACCUCUCGAAAGGAGCAACUUAUGAAGAAAAUAUAUCUGACGACAAAUACUAUACACACACACUGGUGUUUUGGUUUUUCACAGGGAUAUAUUUAAGGAAUUACCAAAAGACGAGUUGCAUAUGUCUCUGGAAAUGUAACGAUUAUUAUCACGUUUUUCUGAAGUAACAGGAAUUUUGUAGAAAGCGACGUUACAGUUGUCACAGUUGUUGUAUUUGACUGUUUAAGGUCAAGAUUAAUGGCUAUUUAAUGGUUUAAAUGGGUAUAAGUGGACAUUGUGCAGGGCUGCCGUAAGUUCAUCUGUCCAUCCCUCCUGACAAAGAACUACUUCCAUUGUUGUUUAUCAGACGCUGGGCUGUCAUUCAACCUACUGCUGAACUUUUGUAGGUUGGGUUUGUUUCUCUUUUGCAUUGAAUAAAAUGAAGCGUGUCCUCAAA